UCCGCGCGGAGCUGCCAGCUCGGUUCCCUGCCCGCCGGCCCGCGCGCCCUCCCCGCGCCGUCUAUUUAUAUGCGCCCCGGCUCUGCCCGUAUUGGUCAGGCGCCUGGCCGGUCAGGCGCCAUCGCGGCGGCCCCAGCGGAGCGAGUGCGGCCGCGCCUUCAGCCGGGCAGCCCCGAAUGUUUCAUGACAUCUCUGUUGCUUGGUGAGUAAUCAGACAUGAAAACAGGCCCUCAAGAAUCAAGCUACGUUUAAGGAAGACUUAUUUAGAGACGUUGGAGAGGACACCAUGGAGUGCAAAUCUGAGGGGAAAGAAAAAUACCAACACAGCUUGAACUUACUGAAUAAAAUCAAGAACAUGAAAGAUUUAGCGGAGAUGAUCGAUGUUGUAAUCGUCGCGGAAGGGGAGAAGUUCCCUUGCCACAGACUGGUCCUGGCUGCCUUUAGUCCUUAUUUCAAAGCCAUGUUUACCUGUGGGCUCCUCGAGUGCACCCAGAGAGAGGUGGUGCUCUACGACAUCACGGCGGAAAGCGUGGCGGUGAUACUACAUUACAUGUACCACGCGGCUUUGGAGAUCAGUAACGCCAACGUGCAGACUGUGGCCAUGGCCGCCUACUUCAUGCAGAUGGAGGAGGUCUUCCAGGUGUGUCAGAAGUACAUGAUGGCCCACAUGGAUGCCUCGAACUGUGUCGGCAUCUAUUAUUUUGCAAAGCAGAUUGGCGCUGAAGACUUAGCUGAUCAGUCGAGGAAAUAUUUGUAUCAGCACUUUGCUGAGGUGAGCUUACACGAAGAGAUCCUAGAAGUGGAGGUGCACCAGCUCCUGACGCUUAUUCAGUCAGACGACCUGAACGUGUCCAGAGAGGAGAGCAUUCUGGACCUUGUUCUGAGAUGGGUCAAUCAUCGCCCAGACCAACGCACGGGGCAUCUCGUGGAGCUCUUGAAGCAGGUUAGGUUGCAACUGGUCAGCCCUUCCUUUCUGAGACAAGCCCUGCGGAGGAACACAGUGCUCCUGUGCGAUGCAAACUGCAUCGACCUCAUUCAGAACGCGUUCAAAGCCAUCAAGACGCCCCAGCCGCACGUCCUGAAUCUUCGUUACGGCAUGGAGACCACCAGUCUCCUGCUGUGCAUUGGCACCAAUGCCUCAGGGAUCAGGUCAAGACAUAGGAACUAUGGGGACGCCAGCUUUUGCUAUGACCCUGCAUCGCGGAAGACCUAUUUCAUCUCGUCUCCCAAGUACGGGGAAGGUUUGGGCACCGUGUGUGCUGGUGUCGUCAUGGAAGACAACGCUAUCAUCUUGGCUGGGGAAGCCAGCGCCUCUAAACUCUCCAGACAAAAGAGCAAGAACGUUGAAAUCUACAGGUACCACGACAGAGGAAACCAGUUUUGGGAAAAGUUAUGCACUGCAGAAUUUCGAGAGCUGUACGCUCUGGGCGCUGUCCGCAACGACCUCUAUGUGAUAGGAGGACAGAUGAAAGUUAAAAACCAGUAUCUUAUCACAAACUGUGUUGACAAAUACUCUGUGGAGCGGGACGCCUGGAAAAGGGUGUCUCCGCUUCCUCUGCAGCUGGCCUGUCAUGCGGUGGUAACAGUGAACGAUAAGCUCUACGUGAUUGGAGGCUGGACCCCUCAGAUGGAUCUUCCUGACGAAGAACCUGAUCGAUUGAGCAACAAGCUGUUGAGAUACGACCCCAGCCAAGACCAAUGGACGGAACGGGCGCCCAUGAAGUAUUCAAAGUACCGGUUCAGCACAGCCGUGGUCAACAGUGAGAUUUAUGUUUUGGGUGGGAUCGGCUGCGUUGGCCGGGACAAGGGCCAGGUCCGGAAGUGCCUGGACGCGGUGGAGAUCUACAACCCAGACGGGGACUUCUGGAGAGAGGGGCCCCCCAUGCCCACGCCCCUGCUCUCUCUGCGCUCCAACUCCACCAGCGCGGGCACCGUGGAUGGGAAGCUCUACGUCUGCGGGGGCUUCCACGGAGCAGAUCGCCACGAGGUUAUCUGCAAGGAGAUCCUGGAGCUGGACCCCUGGGAGAACCAGUGGAACGUUGUAGCUGUAGACGUCCUCAUGCACGACAGCUAUGACGUCUGCCUGGUGGCCAGGAUGAACCCCCGUGACCUCAUCCCCCCGCCAUCGGAUCUGGUGGAGGAGGGCGGGGGGUGCUGAGGCCAGCGUCGCCGGGGGGCCUCCCGUGGUGUCUGCGGAGGAGGCACUGAGCGUGGGGGGUCCACAUGUGCAUCUGUCACCGGGGCCCCGUGCCUGUGCAUGCGUAGUGGCCCCCAAGCAGUGCUGGGCACUGCAGGGGAUGUAGGGUAUGCAGACAGAGGGGACACCGCCUUUGCAAUGUCUUCCCCGAGGUCAGAGAAUAAGGACGGAGCUGCCCGCUUCAGUCACAGUUGAGCAGCAUCGGGAAACAGCCUUCUCCCAAAAUAUAAUUUAGGAAUGUUGUUUGAACAGCCCUUGGACACCCUUCUAUUUCACUCGUCAUCUCUGCUUCUGGAAGCGCACUGCAUCCCAGGAGUGCAUUCUGCUCACUGUCCUUCACCAAUUUCCCAAGGGCUUCACGUGCACAAGACUCUUACUUAAGCAGGAAUAGUCAGUGGAUCCCCACUAACUUCCCCAGGGGAGACCAGCGUAGACAGAGACAGCUUUGGAGCAGGGCUGCGUGACUGGUUGGUGUUCAGUCACUCAGUCGUGUCCGACUCUUUUCGACCCCAUGGACUGUGGCACGCCAGGCCUCCCUGUCCAUCACCAACUCCCAGAGCUUGCUCAGACUUAUGUCCAUCGAGUCAGUGAUG